GCUGACACAUAGCCACUGGCAAGAUUCAUUGGCCCAUGGGGUCCUCCAAACCUGAUGGAUUCCAGAGCGAAGUGGUAGCACCUCGUAAUCUGAAGCUAGUCAGAGAGGCAGAGGAGCGUGUAACUCUGACUCCCUCUGCAUUCCUGAAGGAGAUGUCUCUUACCACCGAGCAGAGGCUGGCCAGCACUCAGGAGAUGAGGCGGCCCCGGAUUAUCCAGCUGCUAGACAUGAGUGAAACCUCCCAUCAAAAGUUCUCAACAGUUGACCUGGAGCAGAGCUUGUUUCAGCCUUUCCCAUCAGAGGUGGUAUUUCAGAACUACAUCCCCUGUGAGGUCUAUGAAGUGCCACUGAUUCUGAGGAACAAUGACAAGGUUCCUCGGCUGGUGAAGGUCAUCUUGGAGAGCACACCUUAUUUCAAGUUGAUCAGCCCAAAUACUGUGUGCCGUAAGGUAGCACCUGGCAUGCCCUCAACUUUCCGCAUCCUCUUUACUCCCGAGGAGAACAAGGAUUACUUCCACCAGCUCACCUGCAUCACAGAAAGGGAAAAGUUUAUUGUGCCAAUACGAGCUAUAGGUCCCCGAGCUAUCCUGGACUUCCCUGACCAGCUGAGCUUCUCUGUCUGUCCAGUCAAGUACAGUACGCAGAAAACUCUGCUAGUUCGCAACAUUGGUAAUCGGGAGGCCUGCUACUGCAUCAGUACUGAGAGCCCUUUCUCUGUUGAUCCCUCCAUUGGGACUCUUGGGAUUGGUGACACCAUGCAAGUAACAGUGGAUUUUCACCCACUGAAGACAGGAGAUCAUUUGAGAUCCCUGAUAGUUCACUAUGACACAGGCGAAGAUAUUCAUACGAGCCUUUAUGGAGCAGCUGUAGAUGUUAACAUCAGGCUAGACAGGAACUCCUUGACAGUUGAGAAGACUUACCUCACACUGUCAAACCACAGAUCCCUUGUCAUCCACAAUCGGAGUGAAAUCAUAGCCCACUUCCAGUGGAAGGCUUUUGUUACUCAGGAAGAGGAGGAUCAGCAGAAGCUGAGGCUGUGUCGAAGGCUGCAAAGGCAGGAAGAUGAUGAGACAGAUUAUUUUCUCAAGGAGUGCAUGGUGGACCCCUCUCUCCGAGAACGCCUUUCCCUUCUCUCCCACACCUUCCAGAAUCAGAGGGCAAAGGUGCAAGGAGACUCCAUGCUUUUCUCUGAUGAUAUUUUCACCAUUGAGCCAGUGGAGGGAGACGUCUGGCCAAAUUCUUCAGCUGAAAUUAAUGUGAUCUUUAAACCUCAAGAAGCCAGAGUCUAUCAACAAAUGGUCUACUGUGACAUCUCAGGCCGAGAAACGAGGCUGCCCCUGCGCAUCAAAGGGGAAGGCAUAGGACCCCGGCUCCGCUUCAGCUUCGACCAGCUGGACAUCGGGAAGGUUUUUGUUGGAUCAGCCCACAGCUAUGAGGUGAUCCUGUUUAACAAAGGAGCCGUCAAUGCUGUCUUCAGCUUGGUCCUUCCAGCUACAGCUCUGGGCUCCUGCUUCGCCUUUCUCCCCCAGGAGGGCACCAUUUUGCCUGACGGGCUCCAAGUCAUCCAGAUUUCCUUCAGUUCCACCAUCCUGGGGCAGUUCACAGAAGAAUUCAGGUUCAGUGUGAAUGGAUCCCCUGAGCCUGUGACCUUGACUAUCAGGGGCUGUGUUAUUGGACCGACUUUUCACUUCAAUGUACCUUUCCUCUGCUUUGGCGACGUCUCCUUUGGCUUUCCUCGCACCUUGUCAUGUCGCCUCACUAACAGCUCCUUGGUGCCAAUGACUUUCAACCUUCGCAUUCCUGGGGACGGCUCGGGAGAGCCCAGUGUCACCAGUUUUGUUCAGAUAUCAGACAACACCUGCUCAUCGUGGAGAAAGGGAGCCCAGGAUCACAUCAAACCAACUGAAUUUACCAUAACGCCCUGCAAAGGGACCAUCCGCUCCCAGGGACUCCUGGAUAUCCAGGUCACCCUGUGUUCCAACACUGUGAAGACAUACGAGCUGGCACUGGUGGUAGACGUGGAUGGGGUUGGCAAGGAGGUGCUGGCAUUGCUUCUCACAGCCAGAUGCAUAGUUCCUCCUCUGCGAGUGCUCAACCCCGUCAUGAUGUUUGGACGGUGCUUUCUGAAAUUCCCUUAUCAGCAGAUGCUGACCCUUGUGAACGACAGUGAUCUUCCAGGCUGCUACAGGAUUCUUCCUCAGGAACACAAGGAGGAUGCUUCUGUGUGGUUCUCCAGCCCCGCGCCAUGUGGGAUCGUCCAGCCUCACAGCUCGGUGGAGGUCCCAUUUACACUGGAAGUCCAGGUGAUGGGAGAGCAGAACGCUGUUGCUCGUGUUGCCACGUUUGGGAGUGAUGGAGCCCCACUGAAAAUCCAUUUAGUGAGCAUUGGAGAAGGACCAGUUGUCUAUGUGCAUCCGAAUAAGAUAAAUUUUGGCAGUAUCCAAGUUCUACAAGAUGCUUCCCGAACUCUCCACCUCUCCAAUCAGACUGUCAUCCCUGCUUCCUUCUGGGCAGAGAUGGCUGGCAAAUGCUCAAGCUGGAGGAUUGAACCUAGCAAAGGAGUGAUCCCCCCUGAGACUGAGGUGUCUGUGACUGUCAUAGCAAACUUGGAUGACACUGAGAAAUUCAAGGAUGAGGUGAAUCUGUUCAUAGAGAACAGCCAUACCUAUGUUAUCCCUGUCCGGGCUGUCGGCGUUGGCACCACAAUUGUCACUGAUAAAGCCUUUGCUCCGGAGCUCAACUUGGGACCCCACUUCAGCCUGGAUCCCUGUUGUUACCACUUCAAGAUAACAAACAAAGGACGACGCACCCAUCAGCUCUAUUGGACAACGGAAGGUUUCGCCCCAUUUCGCCAGCAUGAUCGCCUCCCUGCUGUCAGUAACACCAAGGGCAAAGAUUCCUCCCAGAGUCCCAGACCUGCCUGUCCUGUGUUUAAGCUUCGACCACCGAGGAUGGAGCUGAUGCCGGGCAAGACUAUGGAGAUGGUGCUGGAAGGCUCCUCCAGCACUCCCCAGGUAGUGAAGGAGCGGCUGCUGUGUCACGCCAUUGUGGGGAGCAAGUCAGGGAAGGCACAGAUAAUGCAGGUGGAUGUCACAUGUGAGUUUGUUGCUCCUGUUCUGCAAGUGUCCUCCAGAGAAAUCAUUUUCCGGGUGGAGAAGCAACCCAGUGAUGCCUUAACUCUUCAGUACAAGCCUCUUUCUUUAAAAAACAUCUCCGCCCUGCCACUCAGCAUUGUCCUGGCCUUAGAGCAACCCUUCAUAAUCUGCAAUGUGAAUCUGCAGCCCCUAUCUGCAGAUGUCCAGCCCAUGAAGCUGGAGAUAGGGGAGGAACUUCAUCUCUCCAUUGGAUUUAACCCUGCUUAUGAAGAGAGUUUGAAUAUCUGGGUAGCAGAGAAGGCUCUGAAGAUACAGUUUCUCGAGCACCCUCAUGAGGAGCAGGUCACCAUGCGGGGAGAGGUCUACUUUCCAAAUCUCCGUAUGCAGACCAUGGCCCUGGACUUUGGCUGCAUCUUGAACGACACUGAAGAUGUGCGUUAUGUUGAGAUGACCAACUGCAGCCCACUUCUUGUACAGUACCACUGGUCGUUCCUGACAGACAGCUAUGUGCACCAGAUGAGGUUCAGUCUUCCAGCACCUAAAUUUUUCAACAAGCCCCAACCGCUGAAGGAGGAGGGAGCCUGGUUGGAGUGGUCAGUGUCUGCAAAGAGCAGCUCCAGGGGUGGAGGUGUGGAGGAGCCAGCCAAAGUCCUGGGAGCAGUGGGGGAUCUUGCCCAAGAGCCAGCAGAUGCAAAAGACUCUCUGGAAAGAGAGCUGCUACCAUCCGGUGCUGUGGAGCUGGAAGGUGCUGUGGAGCCUCUGAGUCCAGUGAGGAUCAAGGAAUUGAUGCAGUUUAUAGAGGCAGAGCCCCUCGCCUUGGGCGUGGAGGAGGUUUUUGACAUCAUGCCGCUGUACGGUGUGCUGCAGCCGGGCGAGAGCCAGCGGGUCACAUUCACCUUCUUUGGCCAUGCAAACAUUGUUGCCCGUGUCAUGGCACUGUGCAGGGUGGAGGGAGGCCCGACCUACGAGAUCACACUGAGCGGGGAGGCUUCGCUCAUCGACUACCUCCUAGACAUCACAGAGAUCAACUGCGGGCUGCAGCUGUUUAACGAAGUCACUGAAGCACAGGUCACCCUGCAGAACAGCGGGAAGCUGGGAUUUACCUACAUGGUGCUAAGCCCUAGCACUGCUUCUGCAGACAGCCCUCUGCCCGGUGUGCCCCUGGUCGUGCCCAGCACGGGUUACAUUGGACCUGGCAAAGAGCAAGUGCUGAAAGUCUAUUACCUGCCAGGAGUGCCUGGAGUCUUCUGCAGGACCUUCCAGAUCCAAGUGGGUCACCUGGAGCCAGAAGAGAUCUCCCUGAAAGGAGAGGGGAGCUUUCCCAGGAUCUACUUGGACCUUCCCAGGAUCAUCAAAGGCAAUGAGAAAUAUGAGAAGAUCCUCAAAGAGGCAAAAGAAAAGAUGGAAAAUGACAGCCAGAGAGAUGAAGCAGUUGGUCUUGGGGAGGCUGUGGCCACAGAGCCACCCACGGACGAGUUGGACACUGUGUUCCACACUCGGCUGCAGAUGCAGAUGGAGGAGAUGCUGGUAGAGGAACAUGCCCUGGAGCAGCAGAAAGCUUUCACCUCUGGUCCCCUAGAGGGCACUGCCUUUGACCAGCGUGCUCGUCGGAGGCUUCUCAAAGCUGAGCUGCCCAAGUAUGUCCUGGACUUUGGCUAUGUCAUCCUUGGUAACAUACACACGCACAUUGUGAAGGUCACCAACACCGGGCAGUUCUCUGUGUCCUUCCACGCUGAUGGCCGGGUCCUGUGUGACACAGGUUUCAGUGUGGAGCUGGACCGCGUGAAGCACCUGCCCUACUGCGAGACAGAGACGUUCGAAGUGCGCUUUGACCCACAAAGUGCCAACCUGCAGCUGGGAGAGGUGGACGUGCUUCUGCCCAUCAAGGUAGCAGGAGGCCCCACGUUUCACAUCCACCUCCGUGCCAACGUGACUGUGCCAUCCCUCUGCCUCUCCAGGGACAGACUGGAGUUCUCUGCUGUCCAGUGUGGGCAGUGCCAGGAAGAAACUAUCCAGCUUCACAAUCAGUUCCAGAUCCCCUGUAAAUGGUUCAUCACCAUGAAUGAGCCUCUUAAGAAGGUGGACAAACACUUGCCAGCGAGCAAGCGUUGGAAGCUGCUUCAGGAGUUGAAGGCCAAGCCCUGUGUCUUCGAGGUGCUGCCCUCAGCUGGAGCCCUUGCUCCAGGAGAGCGAUACAACGUGCGAGUCAGGUUUUCACCCAUGGAAGAGAAGUCCUACAGAAGUGAGCUGAAGAUUAACAUUUGCCAGAGCAGCCAGCACCUCCAGCUGCAGGUCACAGGGCAUGGGCUGGAACCACAGCUGGUGUUCAGCCCCCCAGCACUCGAGCUGGGACCAUUGCUGCCGCACAGCCGUGGGGUGGAGGGGACAGUGGUGGUGAAGAACCCGUGUGAGUUCCCCAUCGAGUUUUACUCACUGGAGUUUGACCAGCAGUACCUUGCUGAGGAGCAGAUCCUGCGGAUGCUGAAGGACUAUGAUUGCCACAACACCUUAUUGCUGCCUCCGCGUGCCCCGGGUGAGAAGCUGCCCCCAGAAGUGCUGGAGUACUGUCACAACCAGAAAAGGCUGCAGGAUGAGCAGACAAAGUCCAAGACUGGGGAACCAGCAGGCCAGGACAACACAAACUUUGGAGAUAGCCAUUCUCUGUCAGGUCAAGGAGGAAAGCACUCUGCUGGGAUCGUUCACACCAUCUCAUCCCAUAGCUCAGUCGUUCCCUCCUCCAUUUUCAAUGAAAGUCAGUCCAACAAGGUGGAACCUAAAUCUGAAUGUGGAGAAGAGGAAGAGGAAGGUGCUGAGAAAAGAUGUGGGACAGGAGAACAUUGGCAAAACACCACCAGCAGCAAGGAGGCUGCAGGAGAACUGGACGACAGCCCUGUUUAUAGGGCCAUUGCCCGCCACCUUGGCAUCGAUAUCUCCGCAGAAGGAUGCGCAGCCCGAAACUGCAGAGGGAUUGUCAUCAUCGUCCACGGGGCACCCCUGACAGGCAAGACAUCAGUAGCGGUUGCUCUGUCUAAAUACUAUGGUGCUGCCUGCUUGUCCAUCGAUGCUGUGGUGACAGAAGCCAUCUCGGACAGGAGCAGCUUAGCAGGACUCCGCGCCCAGGAGCUGUGCAUCAGGGCUGCCAUCGAGCAGAGCCACAAGGAGACAGAGGAUGCCAGUCAAAAUGCAGAUGUCUCCCUCAGCCUGCAGUUCAGCACCAAGGCCAAGCACAGCCCAGAUGUGAGCCAGUCCAGCUCUGGGGACAAAGUCAGCCUGCAGUCUGUCAGUUCCCGAGGCUGGGCAAGCACCACAGCGGGCAAGAGGAAGAUGGAUGGCAAUACAUCCCGAUCCCAGAAACAGCAUCUAAUGGAUCUGACAGGCUCCCAGGGCUCAUCCAGUUCUCAUCUCAUCUCUCCACUUCCCUGCAUACCUGCACAGCGACGGCUGAGCAUCAGUGGCAGCACAGGAGGAGAGCUGGGCUUUAUGAGCUGUGUGCUGCCUGAGGACUUGCUGGUGGCCAUUCUCUCUGAAAGGCUGCAGUUGAGUGACUGCUACCAGGGCGUGGUGUUUGAUGGCCUGGAGACCCUCUUUGCACGCAACAUAGCAUCUGCUCUCCUCUGCCUGCUCAAAGCUGUCAGAAAUCGGCCUUAUAUCUAUUUUGUGAACCUGUUCCAGGAUUAUGCUUCUUUGAAAGCCAGGGAGACAGAUACAAAAGAGCAGGAAGGACGGGAGCAGGAAGAAGCUGCCAGGAGGGAGAAAACAUGUCUCUGGGAAAUGGAUGAGGAUGAGUAUGAUGCCCUCACUGAGGAGCAGAAAACUCAGUUUAAUAACAAUAUACGACGAGUCCAGCGCGAGAGGAGGAAGAGGGAGAUGGAGCAGGUGGCUCGAGAGCUUGAAAAGCACCAGCGGGAGCUAGAACGCUUGAAGGAGGAAGAGCUGAAGAAGAAGUCUAAGCGGGGGAAGAGAGAGCUUGGAAAAGACAAAGAUAAUGCUUCAGGGAAGAAAAGCCAGUUUGCAGUCAGGCAGAAUACUAACACAUCCACCAGUAACACCAAUGCAUCCACCAGCAACCGGUCAGAUAUCACCGAAGGGGUGGACAAGAAGGGAUCUGUAAAGGAGCACCCAGACUCUGUUGCCAGUGAUAAGGAAGAUAAGAAAAAGCAGAGCAAGGUUCCCCUGACAGAUGUCUGCCCAGCAGUGGCUGUGCAACCCACAGACCCAGAACAGGGAGAAACCAAAAAUGAGGCCCUGAGUGACAGCGAGAAGAACUUGGCCCUGAGGUUUAAGAUCUAUGAGGCAUCCCAGAAGGAUGUCAUGCAUAUUUUGUCAUCCUGGGACAGGGUUCACAGUAUCCUGCUGUCCCCUCUGAACCAAGAGGAGGUGCAGCACCAAGCAGAAGACCAGCGCCAGCAUUUAACCAGCCACAGGAGCCGGAAGGGCAGAGAGAAGGAGCGCCAAGAGAGGCUGGAGAAGGAGCGUGUGGAGAAAGAGCGCCUAGAGAAGGAGCAGCUGGAAACACUGAAGGCUCUUCAGGACUCCAAGUUAUCUCAGCUGGAAGGGGAAGGUGCAGAAGGGUCAGCCAGAGGCCAGGAUGUUGGGGUGCCCUGCUUGGACAUCCAGGUGCUGAGUUCAGAAGAUGUGAUUAGGAAGAUCUUGGAGAGUAGCAAGCUGCCAGCAGCAGAGCAGAUCCUGGAUGACCUGGGACUGGGUCCCGCAGGGCCUCCUAUUCCCCCUACUGCUUUUUACUCUGUGAUUCGCUACCCAGAGAAGCGGAUGGCCCCUGCAGCUGGAGAAGCCCCCAAGCACUUCAUAUUUGUUGUGCCAGAAGGUGCCACUGCAGAAGAAGAAAAGGAUACCAAAAGUCUUGUGGAUGCCCUCAUUGUGCCUGCAGAGAAGACAUCAGAACAGCAGGUCACCCCAACCAGGGGCCGAUCAAGGAAGGAAAAAGCCACGGGCAGCCAGGUGGCUGCGAGGGAGAAGCGGAGCUCCGGCCGGGGCAGGAGAGGUCUCCAGGGGCCAGACACAGGAACACCCACACGUCCUCCCAAGGUGUACCAAAGUGGGGCAGACAUGGUCCCAUCCCCAGGAAGAUCUGUCAGGCUGAACAGCUGCCGGUGGAUAGUGCCUGCCCACGGUGAGGUGGAACUGAAGGUCCACUUCAGCUCCGUGGUGCCAGGCCAGUUUGAUCAGACGCUGCAUUUUGAGGUCCUGGGGACAAACCGUCAGUACCAGCUGCACUGCAGGGGCACAUGCCUGUAUCCCACCAUCAGCCAGGACCCACGGCUGGUGUUUCCUCACCGGAGGAAGAGCAAGGCAGAUGAUGACAUCAUCUUCAAGCAGUACAUUAUGAACACGGGCAUAUUCCACUUUGGACCGCUGCUAUGUGGGAAGUCAAGAGACUGGUACAAGGCACUGCACUAUCCCAGCAACUGUGAGAAGAUAACCAUCCUCAAUGUCACCCCCUUGGAAGCAGAGGUGCAUUUCUUCUUUGAGCAUGAUCUCAAAGCAAACACGUUCCUUUUAGACCCUCCCAGCAUGAGGCUGAAACCUAAUGAGAAGCAGGAGCUGAGCAUUUGGGCGUACCCCACUUCAGCUGGCCUCAUGGAAGACAACCUCGUCUGUUGUAUUCAGGACAACCCAGAGCCAGUGGUCUUCCACCUAUGCUGCCAGGGGGUGCAGGUGGAGCUGGGCAUCAGCCCCAAGCAGGUGCAUUUCGACAAGCUGCUUCUGCACAGGAGCGACAGCAAGACCCUGGUCCUGCGAAACAGCACCCCGCUGCCUGCGGCCUGGCGGCUCAGUGGGCUGGAAAACCUCGGUGAGGACUUCUCUGUGUCACAAGAUGAGGGCAUCAUUGGUCCCCGCACUGAGUUUGGCUUGCAUCUGUAUUUCAAGCCCACGAAGGCUCUAAGCAUUAAGAAGACGAUCCGACUAGAGGUUUCAGAUGCAGAAAACAUCCUGGGGAUUGUUCAAAUUGAAAAUAUCCAAAUCCUUGCAGAGGCCUAUGACGUUGCUCUGAGCAUCAGCAUUUCUAAAGGUACAGACGGCAGAGUGGAUUUUGGAAUCCUUAAGGUCCUGGAUGAUGUGAAGGAGGUGCUGACUCUGAAGAACAAAGGAAAGUAUGAGAUUGCGUACAGUUUCAGUCUGGAAACAGCAGAUACCAACAUACCCAACUUGGCAUCCCACUUCACUAUCCAGCCGCAGAAGGGCGUGCUGGCUGUCUCCGAGCGCCCUGUGCAGGUCCAGCUGUUCUUCCAUCCCAAGAUGGAAAUAAAUAUUGAAGACAAACCCAUCCUGCACUGCCAGGUGAUUGAGCCCAGCAUCUGUGAAGGUGGCAAAACCAUUGCCAUCAUCCCAGUCAGGGUGUCAGCAAAAGCUGUGUUCAGCAAGUACAGCAUUUACCCUGCUUUGCUCAUCAACUUCGGUGCCAUGAUGAACGGCACCAGGAAAACCUGCACCUUCACGCUGGAGAACAAAGGCAUCCUCGACUUUAAAUUCCUCAUCUACCGAGCAGACCAGGAUGCAUCUGUAUUGCCAAGGAAAAGUGCAUAUUUAAUGAAGUCUUCCCACUCCCACGAGAGUGAAAACUUAAGCAAGAUGACUCCCUCAGUCAAGCAAAGCAAGCACUCGCUGCAAAAGGAUGCAAGCCCCUUCAUGCAGGCUCGCUUCACUCUAGGCAUGUUCACGGUGUACCCUGGCUUUGGCUCCAUCCCUCCUGGGGGCCAGCAGACAAUCACAGUGGAUUGCUAUGCAGAGCCACUGGGGACAUGCAAGGAGCGCCUGUUCAUCGAUGUCAGCGACAGAGACCCCAAGGACAACCCCCUUGGCAUCCCCUAUACCCUGUUUGCCGAGUCCUGCCUUCCAGCAUUUGUGGUUGACGACAUAGAGUCUAUCUUUGAGGAACAUCGAAUCUGCAGCAACAUCAACCUCUGCCAGAUCCUACAGACAGUGCAAGACAAGGGCGUGUUCAUCGCAGAUGAGAACAAGUUUAUCUUCACUAAUGUUCUGGUUGGGCACCGGGCCACAGCUCGCUUCAAGAUCCGCAAUGUGGGCAAAGUCCCCUGUGACGUGGUCCUCUCCAUCAAACCCAUCCCCAGUAAGCUCAACAGCCGCAUUAGUGAUGUUUUUGAGGUGGAUCCUGUUCAGAUGUGUGUGCCCAGCCGUUCCCAUGCCUUUGCUACAGUGAGCUUCACUCCACAAACGAUGCAGAACUACCAGUGCACUUUUGAGGCUUCCCUUGAUGUCCAGGCAAGCCCUGCAGCAAUUAAAGCACAAAGCCUGACCUUCGAUAUCAGUGGAGAUGGGAACCUGCCUCGGGUAACGGUCCUGCGCCCAGUCCUUCACAAUAAGAGAGGGAACCCUCUGCUGCUCUUCAAGAAGCUGUUGCUGGGUGAUUCAGAAAAACUCCCUCUGGUUCUUCAUAACAGUGGCUUCAUACCUGUCCAGCUGAUGAUAGACCUGUUGGAUGAACGGGGAGUUUUCUUCUUGAAAGCCAGGCCCACCACACACUGUGUCUACCAAGCUGUGGGCCUGAAGGAAGACUCUCCUGGAGAAGAGAGGAAGCCCCACACUGCUUCCCUGGUCCUGCAACACGGGGAAUUAGCAGAGUUUGAUGUGCUAUUCAAACCCACCCUGGCCCAACAUGUGGAAGGGAAGAUCCACCUGUCAGUGGUGGACAAUCCCUAUGAAGAGACCAACAUUCAGCUGGUGGGUGAAGGCUACGAGGAUGACUUCACGCUAGAUAACAUCCAUGGACUAGUGGCAGACAGCAAGGAGGAGGACACUGAGGGCAAUCUGGAGGAAGACAUAAUUGAGGCUGCCAGAGUGAAUCACAUCCAGUUCGGGGACUGUCACAUCGGGACACCCUACGCUGUGACCUUCACAAUCACCAAUCGCAGCAGGGUGGAUGUGAUGCGGUUUGAGUGGCUGGCAAGCACCCCCUUUCACUUCUCCCCCCAGGUGGGACACCUCCAUGCUGGCUGUGCUAAGGACAUCACAGUGACCUUGAAAUCAGACAUUGCGGUCACCUUCAAAAUGCAUCUUGUGAAAUGUAAGGUGGCUAGGAUCACCUUCCAGCUGCCACCAGAGCAGGUUACUGACUGGGAUGACCGCCUGCGCACUGUCAAGUGGGUGGAUGCCAUGAGGGGCCUGGCAGCCACAUGGCCUGUCAAGAAGAAGGUGAUCGAGACGGACCCAGAACCAGCUCACACUGUCCUGGAGAAGAGCAGCCGCGAGGUGGAGCUUCACAUCAGUGCUGUCGUUGACUACGCUGAGUUCAAGCUGGAUACAGACAUGAUUCAGUUUAAGGAGACCUUGCUCUUCCAGACAAGGACAUUCACUUUCCAGCUGUCCAAUACAGGGAAUGUAGCUGUGGAAUAUACCUGGAUGGUGGCUGCAGAAGAUGAAAGGGCAAUGAGCCAAACCAGGGAGCUGCUCCCGCCCAGUCUGGAUGGGGAUUUCUUCUCUUUCACUUCUGGUGCCUCAGUGAAGCUCCAGUCUAGCCGUUGUUCAAGCCAGCUAGGCCAUGCUCUAAAGCAUGUCUCUUCCUCCCUGAGCUCACCACUGAAUGCUGUCAGUACCACUCCACUGUUCUCUGUUGAGCCCUGCAGUGGCACCAUCCCUGCCGGCCAGGAACAGCUCUUCCGGAUGAAGUUCUCUCCAGUGUACGUGGGGGACUUUGAGAGCCGUAUGCUCUGCAGUAUUCCCAACCUGAAGCCAAAUCAGAAGGGCCCAGAGGUUGUUGUGAAGGGGAGAAGCCUGAUGCCAAGCUGCCACUUUGAACUGGAAGACUCUGACUAUAACACUGCAAAAAGGUGCAACCCAGAGUUGCAGGGACCAAAGGGGGCAACGUUCAAUCCCAGUACAAGAGUGAUUGAGUUUGCGGCAAUUGGAGUGUGUAGCAGGAACAGCAGGACCUUCAUGGUUAUGAACCCAACCAGUUCUGCAUAUUCCUUCCAGUGGACUUGCCAAGACCCUGAAGCCCCACCAGAACAGGUGGCUUUCUUCUGCCUCACAGAGAGAGGUCAGAUCCAGCCAGGGAAGAAAACAGAGAUGAAGUUUGAAUUUAUCCCCCAGCACCUGGACAUCACAGAAUCAUUUUGGGUCUUUACAAUCCCUGAGCAGAACAUUUCAGUCCCUUUCCUGUUGGUGGGCAAUACCACUGACCCACUAGUGACUCUGGAGAGAUCCCACCUGAACUUUCACUUGCUGUUAAUAGGGCACGAGGUGCACCAGACUAUCUAUAUGAUCAACAGUGAGAAAGAAGCCUUCAGCUUUGCUUUCAGAGAAAGCUCUCUCUUCUCAGAGGGCUGCAACGCCUCCCUGAAAAUAGAGCCCCUGGAAGGUUCCAUCGCUCCACUUUCAAGGUUUCCCAUUACAGUCUACCUCACACCAAUACUAGAAGGAGAGGCAGUCUUCAACCUCAAGUGCGAUGUCAAGAGGAAGACCCAGCCCCUCUCCUUGAAUAUCAAGGCCACCGGCUACAGCAUGAAUGUGUCUGUCAGGUGUGAGGACAGUGAUGGCUGUGUCACUGAGCUCAGCGCACACAAGAUCAAUGUCAUUGAUUUCAAGGAGGUACAGAUAAACGAGAACAUCAAGCACAUCUUCAGCAUCUGCAAUAAUGGCAAGUUCAGCUUCACCUUCUCAUGGGAACUGAGUGGCCCUGCAGCUCAUAAGCAGGUCCUUACCAUCACCCCUCAGAUGGGUACUGUGCGGGCGGAGGGAAAAGCAGAGGCCCAGCUGGCUUUUCACCCACAGAAGAUGUGCUCAUUAAAGGAUGUAAAGCUGACGCUGCAGAUCAGCAAGGGUCCCACAUUUACCUGCAUGUUUCUUGCCACCGUGGUAGUUCCCACUGUCCACUUCUCCACCACCAGACUCAACUUUGGACCCUGCUUCAUCUACCAGGCUGGGAUGGUACCUGCCCGUCAGACCCUCAUCAUCACGAACAAGGCAGACAAGGAUGUGAGCUUGAACUGCUUGUUCACCAGCACCGUGCACCUGAAGGUGGACUUCCCCGGGUACGUUCUGUGCCCUGGAGGGACAGCGGAGGUACCCAUCACUUUCUAUCCCAGAGAAGUUGCAUCUUACCACGAGCUCAUCCCUUUUGAAAUCAAUGGUCUUUGCCAGCAGACUGUUGACAUCCGAGGAAGGGGCACGGAACUGAAGGUUGAUGUUGUGGAACCACAAGGAAAGGUGGUGAAACUGGGAGCCCUCUCCAUCGGACAGACAGUGAAGAAGAUUGUCACCAUAGCAAACAACAGUGCUGCCCCUCUCACUUUUAAGCUCAGUCUUGCAUCCACCAUGCCAGAGCUACAGGAAGCUGGGGUUCUUUGCUUGAACCCCACCAGUGAACUAAGUCUGAAGCCCAAAGGAGAUACCUGUAAAGUGGAGGUGACCUUCUCCCCAAAGUGCCGCAUCCAGCCAUUCACUGGAGAAGUGCUGUUGGAGUGCAACGGCCUGGUGCGCUCCCUCUUCAUGGUGCGGGGCUCCUGCCAGGGCAUCCACGUGAGCUUGGACCAGGAGCACCUCAGCUUUGGAGCAGUAGUGCAGCAGAGCUUCGCAUCCCAGCACAUCAUCAUGCAGAACACAGGCGACAUAGGAGUCAAGUUUAAGUGGGACAUCGAAAGCUUCAAGCCAGAUUUCUCCAUCAGCCCCACAAAGGGUUACAUCUCCCCAGGAAUGGAUGUCCCCUUCAUUGUGACCUUCCACCCCUCUAAGCCAAGUCAUGCUAUCCACUAUGAGGGCCUGCAGUGCUUCAUCCAGGGCAGUGAGCCACUCCAGCUUACGCUGGCAGGAUGCUGCAUGGAGACCCCUGUCACCAAAGAGACGCUGACUUUCACAUGUGAUGUGCGUGAGAAGUAUAGCCAGACCAUCCUCCUGUCCAACCCAAGCAAUGAGGCCUGGACUAUGCAACCUGUCAUUGAGGGGGAACACUGGAAGGGGCCAGAAUUUUUCCAUCUGGAGGCCAAUCAAAAAAACAAGCCAUACAAGAUCACUUACAAACCCCAAACCAUGAGCUCUGAGAACAAGAAGCAUCAGGGCUCCAUCUUCUUCCCAUUGCCAGAUGGGACAGGCUUGUACUAUUUCCUGCAAGGGACUGCCGAGGCCCCAAAGUGUUCAGGGACCAUUUUCCGGCAGGUACCAUGUAGGACUUCCUACACUGAGCUCAUCCCUGUAUCCAACUGGCUGAACAGACCACAGAGGUUCCUUGUGGUAGUGGACAUACUCAAACCAGAAAACCUGGAAAGCAGUUCUGUGCUGCAGGGCCUGGAAUACAUUGAUGUGCCAGGCUCUGCCAAGAAGGACUACAAGCUCACAUUCCUUUCCUAUAAGGAAGGAGUCUUUAACACAAUGGUGACCUUCCUCAAUGAGGUGACCAAGGAGUACCUGUUCUACAUGGUGACUUUCAAGGCCACCGCUUCGGGACCCAUCAGCACCAUUGAAGUGACCACUGCUGUUCGGCAGAGAGUGUCUUCCACCAUCAAGGUGGACAACCCUCUGCCUGUCCCGGUGAUGUUUGCCGUAGAAUGCAAAGUGCCUGAUGUCAACGUUCCUCCACAUUUCACUGUUCCUGCAGAGUCAGAGGUUGAUCUUGUCUUUGAGUACCAGCCCCUGAAAAUGGGUGAAAGCACCGGGCGCCUGGUGCUCCAGAGCAGCGACUUGGGCUCUUUCUACUACAACCUGCACCUGAAAGCCACCAUAAGCAGGCCAGAGAAGCCCCUCUACUUCUGCAUCACGCUGGGCUCUAGUCAGACCAUCACCACCAAAAUCAUGAAUUAUGCACAGCAGAAGACAGACUAUCUUCUCCAGACCAACUGUGCCGACUUCCAGACGGAUAAAACAAUCAGUGUGGCCCCUGCCGGCCCAGGUGGCUCAGAGCUGAGUGUGGAGGUGACCUACGAGCCCUGCCAGCUGGGUGAAGCCAGGGCCACACUGCAGCUCUCCUCCCCACUCGGGGCGGAGUACAGCAUCCCCCUCUUCGGCCUUGCCCUCCCACCCAAGCCCCAGGGCCCCUUCACCAUUAAGGCUGGCAGCACCACCUCCAUCCCCUUCAAAAACAUCUUCCUGCAGCCCACAACCUUCCAGUACACGGUGGAACACCCAGCCUUCACCGUCAGGGGCCCCGAGAGCUUGCGCCCCAAGAAGACCACCUUCAUCACAGUCUCCUUUGAGGGCAGCGCAGUCCCCAUCACCAGCAGGAUGGUGGUCUCCUGCCCGCGGGCUGCCGGUGCAGCGGGUGUCUCCUGGGUGUACUACCUGCGGGGUGUCCCCCCGCAAAAGUGACCUCUGCCCCCCGCCCCAGGGGGGUCCAUGGGUGAUGCUGCUUGUCACACUGGGCAUUCUUUAAUUAACUGAAAGGGUAAUUAAAGGGGGUGGGGGGAACGGACGACUCUGUGCCUCUGUUUGGAAUAAACCGAGCCUCUGCUGAGGCGAGGGAAGGUGGCCGAGC